CACGCCACGCCACGCCACCGUGGGUCCGUGGGGACGGAAGCAACGGCCACGGCCGCAAUCCAAACGUGCGCUCUCCUCUCCUCGCCCUAACCAACUCACCGAAAACUGCCUCCACCUUCCUCCCCCUCGCUAUAAAUCGCGCAGGUAAAAUCAAAUCCUCCUCCUCAAUUCUCACGCACCACCCGCGCGCCCCGCUUGAUCGGAGAGGAGGGGGUUUAUAUUGAUUUUUGCGAUCACUGCAUACGUCGUCUUCUUUGCGGAUUUGAGACCGAGGAUCGAUGGCGGCCGGAGGGAUGCUGUGCGUGUCGUCGUCGCCGACGGCGUCGGCGUCGGUGGCGAGGGGGCGGCGGCAGCGGCGGAGGAGCGUCGAGGUGAGGUGCAGCUCCGUGGCGGCCGCCGGGCCGGGGGGCCCCGUGGAGGAUCACUACCGGACUCUGCGGCUGCCGCCGGGGGCCACCAAGGGCGAGGUCAAGAGGGCCUUCCGCCGCCUCGCGCUCACGUAUCAUCCAGACGUUUCAAAGGAGAGCGAUAGCGGCGUCCAUUUCCAGCGGAUCAACGUGGCCUACCAGAUGGUGAUGGGCAACAUGAGGGAGGCCGAGGAGAGGCUGGAGUACUGGAGGCUCAAGUACGGCCUCGACGACGAGGACCUGGACAAGUACAGGAACCACCUCAACGACGAAGACGACGAUGAAUGGUUCGACGUCUAAUCUGAGGAUCGUGAAUCGCUGCCUGGACUGACGGGAUCAACGAGCACAGAUGCAAACCAUCUCGUUGAUCUCCAUCAUUGAUACUAGAAAUUUAAUCUUGUUUAUAGCACUGAAAAAUCUGUUCAUUUGUAUGUAUGCCUGUAUGUAGAACAGUAGUAGUAGCAGCUAGAACUGAAAAAAUCUGUUUAUUUGUAUGUAUGCCUUUCCCCCGGUUUUAUUGUAGGGGAAGGGGUACGAUUAGACUGAUAUAUAUAUAACUCAAUUGGUACUAAUUUUGUGCUUAUAA